GUCCCAAACUCAAACUGCUGCAGUCACCUACAUGUUCGCGUCCCAGUUUGCAAGAAGUGCUCGCACUGCGGUGGGUGCAAAGUGCCGUCAAUUGAGCUCUAGUAGCAAACCAGCCACUAUGGUAUCUCCCAAAGAGUUCAAAGUCGUCUUAGACAAUGAGACGCUCUAUAUUGACCAACAGCUUGCGGAAGCUCUUGGGUGGAAACAAGAUCAGGAUCUUGGUGGCGUUCCGUUGACUCUCAGCGGUUGGGCUCCUAGUUACUUUGCUAUUGCUCGAACUGGUUCAGAAAGUGACCUACUCGCUCGCGGCACGGUGGAGAGCAGUCGUAAUCCAAACGUACACACAGUUUUGGCGUAUCUCAAAGACCGAUAGCUGCGCCAAUCGCGAGUAAUAUUUGUGGUCGGAGCUGGGAGCUUCCUCCUUGGGCUUGAACUCCUCAGGCUAGAGGAAUCAAACUCCGUGUUUGGCUUCUUUUGUCUUUCGGCAGCCGCGGUGGCCUCAAAGCAAUCAAUUCCUUCGUUCAUUCAUAGACGAGUAUCAAUAUUCAGAAAUAAUUGUGGUUGUUCUAA